UACAGAUUUACCCUAUCAACCCAGUUUGGUAUUGCAAAUACUAAUGUUUUGUAAUGUUUAUUUAUCGAUAGCCUGGAAUGUGGUCUAUGGUUUUUAUAUACUGUAUAAUCUUACAAAUUUAUACGACUUGCAUGGCAUUUGUGUGAUAGUGGCGUAUUUAGUGGGUUCCAUGGUGGAAUUCUAUCGUUUACGUAUGGGCUAUAAAGGCAAUUUGCAUUCUAGGCCUGGUGAUUUGUGUACGUUUUUAAUAUUGUCGCCUUUUGUGCAAAUUCCCGUUUUGGUAUUCUUGUCAUUAUCGGCUCAAAAUUUUUCCAAUUUAAUUACUAUUAUAACCUUUUGUUCAUUUGUUAUUAUGGCUUUGGAAUUUGUUUUCGGCUUAGCUAUUAUAUGGCCGAAAUCGGAAAAGCCCAUUAAUGUGAAUAAAUAGGAGAUAAUUG